UCUUUGGACAAAGCCCCAUUUGCUGACCUUUCUGCACAUUCAUCUUCACAUAAACAGCGCGGAUCCCCAACAUCAUUAAACACACAAGAAAAUGUCCAUCUUUCUUCUUGCUGCAACUUUCUCCCUGCAAUUGAUAGAGCAAACUGCAACUUUCUUCUUGCUCAAUCCCUUUGUUUUAACCAUCUUGGCCUUCAUCUUAAUAUUCCUAUUCAAAUGGUCCUCUACCUUUUCGACCACCAAAACAAACACACCACCUUCACCACCAAAGCUCCCUAUCGUCGGGAACUUCCACCAACUCGGCGCGCAGCCUCACCGUUCACUCGGGUCCUUAGCUCAACGCCAUGGCCCCCUCAUGCUGCUUCACUUUGGCAGCGUACCAACACUUGUUGCCUCGUCUGCUGAUGCUGCCCGCGAGAUCAUGAAGACCCAUGACCUCAUCUUUGCCAACCGCCCCAAAUCAAGCAUGUUCGAGAAACUACUAUACAAUUACAAAGAUGUGUCAACGGCCCCCUAUGGCGAGUACUGGAGGCAAAUGAAAAGCAUGUCAGUGCUACAUCUUUUGAGUAACAAAAGGGUUGAGUCCUUUCGAGCUGUGAGAGAGGAGGAAACUUUUCUAUUGAUUGAGAAAAUCAAAAAGUCUUGUUCUUCAGCAUAUGUGAAUUUAAGCCAAGUGCUUGAAAACCUUACUAAUGAUGUAGUAUGUAGGGUGGCUUUGGGAAGGAAGUAUGGCGUUGGGGAAGGUGGAAGAAAGUUUAAGGAGCUUUUGGGUGAGUUCGUGGAGUUGUUGGGUGCUCUAAGCGUGGGGGAUUAUAUUCCAUGGCUUGCUUGGGUGAGCCGUGUGAAUGGCUUGGAUGCUAGAGCGGAGAAAGUGGCUAAACAGUAUGAUGAUUUUCUAGAAGGAGUAAUUGAAGAGCACAUAGAUUGUCAGAAGAGAGGACUAGAAAAUGAACACCAAAAGGAUUUUGUGGACGUUUUGCUUCAAAUCCAAAAGGAAAGCGUGAUUGGUUUUCCUAUUGACAGAGUUAGCGUCAAAGCUCUAAUCCUGGAUGUAUUUGCUGCUGGUACCGACACUGCGUACACAGUCUUAGAGUGGACAAUGACAGAGCUUCUAAGGCACCCUAAGGCUAUGAAGAAGGUGCAGGAUGAGGUGAGAGGGAUCAGUGGCAAAAAAAAGGACAUAACAGAGGAUGAUUUGGAUAAUAUGCAUUACUUGAAGGCAGUCAUCAAAGAGGCACUUCGCUUCCAUCCUCCUCUUCCAUUGUUAAUGCCCCGAGAAUCGACUCAAAACAUCAAAAUACAGGGCUAUGACAUUGCAGCUAGAACACGAGUUAUUAUCAAUGCAUGGGCAAUUGGAAGAGACCCUGCAUCUUGGGAUGAACCAGAGGAGUUUAUGCCAGAAAGGUUCUUGACAUCUUCUAUAGAUUUUAGAGGACAUGACUUCCAAUUUAUUCCAUUUGGUGCUGGAAGGAGGGGUUGCCCCGGAAUUUCCUUUGCUAUGACCACUGUCGAGCUUGUUUUGGUAAAUCUGCUGCACAACUUUGAUUGGACAUUGCCUGGUGGAGUAAGAGGAGAGGAUUUGGACACGACUGAAUCUACUGGUAUAACCAUUCGUAAAAAAUUCCCCCUUACAGUAGUUGCAACUCCUUAUUAUUAGAAUAUAUUAUGAGAUUUGAUUAUAUAUUAUAGGAUUUGAUUUCAGUAUUAAUUAUAGUUGAUUGUAAUAAAAUUAAAUCAGAUUUGAAGAGAAAGAGUCUUUGGAGUGUAGGCAUUUCUCAGAACUGUUCUUG